CUAUGUUAUGGGUGCGUGCAUUUGUGUUGUCCGGUGUUUGAAGACGCUUUGGAAUUCGCUUUCAAUUUCUUCGUAGGGAAAAUGUCGGGUGAUACCGAUAAAGCGAAAAUCAGUGACAAUCAGGAUGAAGACAAGAAGUCUGGAGCGGGUGAUGGGCAGACAACAGAAGACGAAUCGUCACAGGACUCUAAGGGUGAGUCGCAGGCCACUGAGACAGAUGCCCAAGGUACCGCUGAUGUAGAUCAACAGAAUGCAGACAAGAAACUGAAUGAUGAAGGUGAUGUAAAAUCAACUACGGCCAAUGGUAAGGAUGAUCCCGCUGAAGAUUCAAAAGAUGACAAGAGAGAGGCUAAAGCCGACAGCGAUGCUAAAAAGGAAGAAAACGGUGAGACACAUGAUGAUGAUGAGAAAGAUGCCGUAAAAGAAAACGACAAGGGAGCUAAGAAGGCCGCUCCUAAGAAAAAACCUAAAAAAGAGGACACUGAAGAGGAGGAAGAAGACGAAGACGAGGAAGAAGAGGAAGAGGAUGAGAUGGAUGAUGAAGGGGAAGAAGAUGAAGCGCCUAAAGAAAAGGUGAAAAAGCCAGCUAAGAAACCGAAAGAUGACGAUGAAGAGGGUGAUGAAGAAGGUGACGAGGAGGGUGAAGAGGAAGAGGAGGAGGAGGAAGAAGAAGAGGCGCCCAAACCUAAGCCCAAGAAGGAGCCUACAGAACCACCAGUGCCUCUACCAGCGGGCAAGGGAAUACCACUGGGACACAUUAGUAACGUUGAAGUGUCUCUUUCACGGUUCAAGACUCAAGACCAGAAGAUAUUACAUCAGUACUUAUAUGGCCAACUGUGUUUAGACCGAAAUGUGAAGAGGAACAUAAAGAAGUUCAAAGGAUACGAAUGGGCCAUUGGCUCGACGGAAUACAAAGCCAAGCUGGAAGAAACGUCGAAGAUGGAAAUGAAACAGCUGCGCACCAUGUGCGAAAUGCUCGACUUGGAUAAGAAAGGCGGUAGUUCGGAACUGGCAGCGCGCCUGGUGGGAUUCCUGCAGCAGCCCGUGGCCAACUCGCCGCACGCGCGCGGGCAGGUGCGCCCCGCCCCCGCGCCCGCCGCGCCCGCGCCCGGCGGCCGCCCGCGCCGCUCCGCCACCGUCAAGCUGCACAACCGCGGCUACUCUGAUGAGGAAUAUGAAACUGAUCCAGAAACUAAAGUAAAAGGACCCAAACCAGUGAGAGAUGGCUCGGAAGAUUCUGAUGGGUCGUUCAACCCGAGCGGGUCGGAGGAGGGCGACUCGGACUUCGACCCGGAGGCGGGCGAGGGCGCGGGCGGGGCCCACGCGCGCCGCCGCCGCCCCGGGCCCGCGCGCCGCCGCUCGCACACCAAGCCCGCGCGCCGCGGCCGCAAGCCCAAGGGCAAGCCCGCCAAGGUAUUCAUUAAUAUUUAUUGUCGAUUAGGUAAUAUAAAGAAAAGAAGAGAAAAAAAAUAUAAAUUUGGCC